CAGGGCGCACCGCAGCUGGUCCUCUGGGUAAGGACCCGCAUUAUUACGCUUUACUCCGCGCCGGAAAUACAAACAAGCAUCUCCAGACUUAUUUCUCCACUUUACCAUAAAACCUUGCUUAAUGGCACUGGAAACGGUCCCCAAAGACCUCCGCCACCAACGGGCGUGUCUUCUAUGUUCUCUUGUUAAGACUAUUGACCAGUUUGAAUAUGACGGCUGUGACAACUGCGAGUCAUAUCUUCAAAUGAAGGGGAACAGAGAAAUGGUGUACGAAUGCACAAGUUCCUCAUUUGAUGGUGUGAUCUCCAUGAUGAUCCCAGAGGACAGUUGGGUAGCGAAAUGGCAGAGAAUUGGUAACUUUAAACCCGGAGUUUAUGCUGUGACUGUGACAGGGCGACUGCCUCCAGGCGUGGUGAGGGAGCUAAAGAGCAGAGGAGUCAUCUACAAGUCCAGGGACACGGCGGUCAAGUCCUGAGUCGUCAUCCUCUCCAUGUUUUCAUUAUCAAGUCACCUGCAAAAGCUCAUAGCCCACUACCCGUCGCCGGCUAUCCAAGACCACCAACCCCAAACACACAACUUGUAAAGACAUAAAUACAAUACAUUAUUUCCUUUUUUUUUUACCAUGUGUAGUUUUAAUUAAAAUGUUUUUUUUUCAAAUGGGAAUGGUUGUGUUUUCAAUAGCUGUAGUUUCCUCCUAGUCCCUCCACAAAAUGUGUGCUUGUAACAGCACACAAACCUUUUUCUAAAUGAUUAAUGCAAUACGUACACUGUCCACAAGAUACUGCUGUGAUGCCAGGGUUGUCAUUUGCCUUUGUAUGCGUGUAUGUGUAUAAAGAACUUGCAUCCAUGGCCUUCAAGGAUCUCAAUCGUUGAGAGAUAAAGUGAUGUGACACAGAGCUCCUAUGUAUGUACGGAACAUCCAUUCUUGAGUUUGUCAGUAUUGAUACGUGCAGGCAAAGAGUUGAUUUAGAGUUUAUUUACACCGUUGCAAGGGGGGUUAACUGACAGUCUCUGCUUCAAUCUGCAUCCUCCUUACAUGGCUCAGGUUCACCUUUGAAAGCUAAAGCAAUAAACUUAUGAUCUCAAAAGUG